AUGGACACCAAUGUCCUCCUUCUCCACAGGCACCUGGAAGAGUCAAGAGUCCCCGCGAACGAGGGGCCUUGGCUCGCAGUCUUGCCCUCGAGCAGGAGCUCACUCAGCCACCGGCCAGCCAAACCCCACCAGAUCAACUGUUGGCCCGAUGUCUCGACCACCCGGAAAGCGCGUCGCCAGCACGUUGCCAAAAAAGUCUGUUGCAAAACCUUUGGCGAGCAGCUCUUGGCGCUCGGUCCCCAUUGUGUCCACUCGGUCUCCCGAUUGGGGUUGCUCGCCCGCUUUGCUUUUGGACCGAACGAGGCCGAAGAAACUCUGUGGCAAGCCGGAGAAACCUGGUUGGAAGGUUCGCCGCAUGCCAAUCGCCAAGUCGGGUACUCGAUGCCAGGACGCGUCCAAGACUCGCCCAACCCGUCGAUCGGUAUCGAAGGAACAUCUACCAUGCGUGCCAUGGAAGUCAUGGAAGGUUGGCAAAGCUUGCCACAGGAUCAAGCAUUCUGCCUUCUUGAUGACAAAAAUCUCGGCGCUGCAUGCCACGACAUUGGCAAGUUGGGAUGCAAGCCGACCGGUCUUCAGCUGUGGUGA